AUGAAAUAUACAAUUUUAGUGACAUUUGCAGCUGUGUGCCUUUCCAACGCAAUUGUUUGUGUGGCUGAGCAAAGUUUAUUUUCCGAAUCGCAACGAAACGAAAUACGUGAUAUUUGUGCAACUCUUACAAAAGGGUCUCCUGGACUACAUGGACUUCCUGGACUUCCUGGGCGUUCUGGACUUACUGGGCCUAUAGGGCCUCCAGGGCUUUCAGGAUUGUCAGGGCCUAUGGGAAUGCCCGGGGUUCCAGGACUUCCAGGGAGAAAGGGAGAGCCUGGGCGUCCAGGUAUUCCAGGCGAAAAAGGUGCUAAAGGAGAUCUAGGAAUCGCAGCCUAG